AGUAAAAUGCGUGGAAUUCAGAGAGUGGUAAUAUUUUGUCUACUAACCACAGUUCUACCAGCAAUACUCAUAAUCACUCCUCUUUAUCUCCGUAAUAUUAAAUAUGCUGAUGUUAUGUACAGAAUAUCUGACUCAGAUAUUAUACAAAUACAUAAAGGACAAUCUUCUGUAUUUUGCCAAAAACAUUCCUUAAAAAUGAAUACUAGCUUCAAUGCAUUCCAAAUGAAGGGAAGGCCUAAUCUUGCAAAGCAGAGAAGGCAUAUAAAACUAAGAAAAUCAAUGAAAUUACCUGAUGAUACUCUUGAGUAUUGGGGAUUUUAUCUAUUCGCAGGAGCAUCAGUAGAGUUAAAAGGCUGUUCUAGGUUUGAAGGAUCAAAAAUAUUAGUUGUUAAGGGUGAUAAGAUUUUGAACACAUGUGGUAUUUUAGAGGGUGAUAAAUAUAAAAAAGAUCCUUUUUUUGUGAAAGACACACAAGUUUCAGUAACAUUACAAAAUCCAAAAACUAAGAAACGUGAAGCUAUACGUAAUAAAAAUAUGGCUUUGUACAGAAGUAAUUCUGAGCAAAUAGUAAGUAAGAAAAAGAAGUAUAAACGAGAUGUCAAUCCUUCUUUACACAGUCCAAACACAAUAUUAGAUACUGGUGUUAAUCAUGGUGGUAAUGCUUUAAAUGCAACAAUAACUGGAGAAGACAGAUCCAUUUCUAGCUUCGAAAGUAAUUUAUUUGAAUGUUAUCAAGAUAAUAUACUGAUGAAUGAAUUUUUCCCUUACUCUAUUGAAUGUAAUAACACUAAAUAUUUAGAAGAAAUUACAACACUAAAAGUAGAUCACGAAAUCACAUCAGAUGGGUACUAUUAUUACAUUUUUUAUAGUGAUAAUGAUUUUGUUAAUAACAAUAUUCAUGCAAUAUUUGACAUCUAUAAACCAACAUUCCAAUACUCGAAUAUAUCUGAUUCCAAAAUGUGUUUAAAUCAGACUGAAUGUGAAUUUGAUGUAGACAUCUUUAGUGAUGAAUUGGUAAUUGUCGAAGUUCCAACAAAAGAUGGAUUAAAUAGUAAUAAUGAUUCAUUUAUAUUAAUGUCUGUAUGUCAUCCCCGAAUAUCUGUCUACAUUUUUUUUCCAAUAUCUGUUCUCAUUUUGAUUCUACUAUUUGCAUUUUUAUGAUAUAUCUUGUUAGUUAUACUGUAUGUUACAUUUAUCAAGUUAAAUAUAACCAGAAGUGUGAUAUUAGUUAAUUGAUUAAAAAGCUUUUUUUAGUUUUAUGGUACUAUAAUAAGACUGUGAUGAUAGUUACCUGAUAUCUGUUUAAUUGUUAUAGAUUAAUAAGAAAUAAUAAAUGUUUAAAUAAAAUAAGUAUUUACUUAA